AUGCUUGUAGAAAGUGCUUGUUUUGAUCCUCAUCCUAUGCAAGGAGGGGGGCUGGUUGGGGAUGGUUUUUCACAAACCCAUGUCCCAAAUUGCAGCCCUAGCUUUUCCAUGGAGGAUCAUCCCUACCACCAACGAAAUGCCUCCCAGCCACAACAGCAAGUAGUUUCUGCCGCGGCCUCAGCCGCAGGCAUGGAGAUGGAGCUUCAGCAGCAACUCAAUAUUGAGAUGGAACACACUAACUUGCAAGACAUGGUUCAUGAGUCUAACCGCAACCAGAUUUUAUCAUCUUGUGAUCCAUCAAACUGGGAAGAUGUGAAUUUUAUCUAUCACCACCAACAACAACUACAAGAUCAUCACCAGCAGCACCACCAGCACAUGCAACAAGUUGAUAUGCAAAACAUUCAGCAUCAUCACUUCAGUAUGCCAUUGCCUGACACCCCAUAUCCUCCAACUCCUGAUCUCCUUAACAUGCUACCUUUACCAAGAUGUUCACCUUCCGCUUUGCUAGUACCAAAUACAUCGAUCUCUUUUGCAAACUCGUCAGCCCAAAAACCUUCAAAUUUUUUAAGUUCAUUAGGCCUUCUCGGGGACCUUUCCGGGACCGACGGCGUGACAACGCCCUCACCUGUUGUUUAUGACCCUUUAUUGCCUGUGAAUCUUCCCCCACAGCCCCCUUUGUUGAGGGAGUUGAUUCACUCUUUCCCACAUGGCUAUAACUUGGGAGGUUCAAGGAAUGAUUCCUUGUUUACUGGUGUAGAUGAUAGAGAGGCCAGUGGCUGUUUGUUCCAAGAUGGAGAUGGUAGGAGUUAUGAAAAUGGGGUUUUUGAGUUCACUGCGGAUGUGAAGUGUUUAGGUAAAGGUAGAGAUGGUAAGGGUAGAAAGCAUUUUACCACUGAAAGGCAAAGGAGGGUGCAAAUUAAUGACAAGUACCAAGCUUUAAGGAGUUUGGUUCCCAAUCCCAGUAAGAAUGAUAGAGCCUCAGUUGUGGGAGAUGCAAUUGGAUAUAUCAAUGAGCUCAAGAGGACGGUGGCUGAACUCAAAAUUCUGGUGGAGAAGAAGAGAUGCAGCAGAGAUAGAAAUAAAAGGCAUAAAGUAGAAGAUGGUGCAGAAGGGGCUGCUGUCAAGACUGAGGAUGAUCUUGAUCAGCCCUACGAUGGAUCAUCACUACGGAGUUCAUGGCUUCAUAGGAAGUCCAAGUCUACAGAAGUUGAUGUGCGCAUCAUUGAUGACGAAGUCACUGUAAAACUUGUUCAGCAGAAGAGAAUCAACUGCCUUCUGUUUGUAUCGAAAGUCCUUGACGAACUUCAGUUGGAUCUUCACCAUGUUGCUGGUGGGCUAAUUGGAGAUUACUACAGCUUUUUGUUCAAUUCUAAGAUUUCUGAAGGUUCCACCGUUUAUGCACAUGCCAUAGCAAACAAGCUCAUUGAGGUUGUGGACAAACAAUAUGCAGCUGUUCAACCAACCAGCAGCUAUUAA